UAUAUGAGAGAGGUGAUCUGCGCGUAAUCAAGACACAGUUCUUCUUGGAGGAGAGGGUUGAGGAACAACAAGAGAAGAGAAGUCCUGUCCUGUGCACUUCUCCGGACCGGGACCCCUGCGCUGUGAGGAGUCCUCUGAAGGGACAGACAGGAGGAAGCUGGUGGAUACUUUACGCACACACGCCUGACACCGCGAGUCUCCUGCUCCUGCUCCAGGACCCCCCAUCUAACACGGUCGGAUUUGCACUUGACUUGUAUCCCCACGUCUGAGGAUGGAUUCAUUCAUCGUAGCGGCUCUGGCACUGUGCUCCUUGCUGGCCCCAGCCCACGGAGACAAAGGUACCAGCAAAGCCCGGAGUUGUUCGGAUAUCAGGCAGUUUUACAGCGGGAAGGGAUUCCGUCUGGAUGGUGUCCCUCAGUCUGAGAUAUCAGGGGAGCACCUGUACGUCUGUCCCGAGGGUUACACCUGCUGCACAAGUGUCAUGGAGAACAACCUGCUCCAGCUGAGCCGCACGGAGAUGGAGGGACUUCUCAAAGACGCCGGACGAUCCUUGCAGACCUCCCUCAAUGGACAGCACAAGGCCUUCGAUGGUUACUUCAUGGAGUUGCUGAACCGCUCUGCACUCACUCUAGAAGAGACCUUCACUGCGACGUACGGUUUACUCUACACCCAGAACGCCCAGGUCUUCUCCGACCUGUACACGGAUCUGAGGCAAUACUAUCGAGGCUCCAACGUCAACCUGGAAGAGGUGCUCAACGAGUUCUGGGCCAGGCUGUUCGAGAAGCUCUUCCACGCGGCACACAAGCAAUACGUCAUAGGCGAGGACUACCUGGAGUGUGUAUCCAAGCAGAUGGAUACACUGCAGCCCUUUGGAGACACCCCCCGGGUCAUGAAGAUGAUGGUCACACGCACAUUUGUGGCUGCGCGUUCCUUCGUUCAGGGACUGCGGGUCAGCGGGGAAGUGGUGCGCAAGGCGUCCCAGUCGCAGUUGAUCCCGGAGUGCUUGAAGGCAAUGAUGAGGAUGACUUACUGUGCCCACUGCCGCGGCAUGGCCUCCGCCAGACCUUGUGCCAACUACUGCAGCAACGUCAUGAAGGGUUGUCUGGCCAACCAUGCUGACCUCAACACUGAGUGGAGGCACCUGGCAGAAACCAUGAUGCAGGUGGCUGAUCGGUUUGAUGGUCCAUCUGGCGUGGAUAGCGUGGUCCACUCCCUUCCCUAUCGCAUAUCAGAAGCCGUGCUUAAUAUGAUGGAUAAUAUGAUACCCAUCGAAGCCAAGUUGUUCCAGACUUGUGGAGUCCUCCAAAAGGGCGGAACCAGCAGCACAGGAGGCGAUGAAGCCACGAAGAGAGGGAGGGUCACAGUUGAGGACAACAUGGAAACCAGCUCCAGCACAAUGGACAAACUGGUGUCUGACGUGACUGUGAGACUGAGGGACAUGCAGUCGUACUGGGUGUCCCUUCCAUCUCUGCUCUGCAGCGACAGAGUGGCUACUGGGACAGGGGCCGAGGACAAGUGCUGGAACGGCAUGAGCCGCGCCAGGUACCUCCCCGAGGUGAUGGGCGAUGGCCUUGCCAGUCAGAUCAACAACCCAGAAGUGGAAAUCGACAUCACCAAGCCAGACAUGACAAUACGUCAGCAGAUCAUGCAGCUGAAGAUCAUGACGCACCGCCUGAAGAACGCUCUCAACGGCCAGGAUGUGGACUUUCAGGACACCAGUGACGACGGCAGCGGUUCAGGAAGCGGCAAGUGCACCGAAGAGAUGUGCUCCAGGGGCCCGCGUCUAAUCGACCCCGUCACCGAGCGGCCCAUUCGCUACCCCUACCUUCCGGAAAACAGGAAGGUGAAAGCGGCGUCAUCGGCCAACCACGUCCUCCCCUGCGUCGCCACCUACCUGAUUCCACUGCUCCUUCUGCUGCUGCGGCGAUAAUUGAGGGGGAAUCCACCGACUGGGACUGAGUAUGGGACACAGGGUUGGGGGAGGCUGAAUGGGGAGGGAGGAGAAGAUGGGGAUUAGUUACUUUGCCAAAACUAGGUAAAUAUGAGGAAACAACAACAACAACCACAAAAAAAAUCACUUGGAUGGACAUUCUUUGGGUUCUUGAUUAGAACAAAGUGGAAUUGGGAGUAUUCAUAAAUGUUUUGAUCCUGCUCUCGUCUUUUAUUUCUCGCUAUAUUAUGACGCCAUUAGAGCUGGUCUUUUUGCAUCUUCUGUUUUGUUUUCUGGUGUUUGGGUUAUCUGAGAUUCUAUCUGUACCUAAGACAUGUGUGUAAAAAACUAUAUUGCUAACGGUAUGUUGGUGUUGACGCCACGGGGGAGAGGGAGACCGGGGCUUUGUAGUGGCGCUCAGAUCAUUUUAUAUUUCUCACCCCACCCUCCCUUUAAAAACAGCACUUGUGUUCGGUCUAAUUCUUUAUUUAUGAAUCACUCACAAUAAUAAAGCCUACGGUGAUUUAAUGACUGCAAAGUAUUUCAAGAAAAAAAAGAACACAAACUUUGGAUGAAAUUAAAUUUUUGUGACUUUGACAGGAGGAUAAUCUGGACGACCAGACCUCUGAACGCAUUAAGCCUCAGAGCCAAGAUGAGAGCGCCCUAUUGCAUCAGCACUUUCUGCCAUUUAAGCUGUAAUAAUAGCCGCGAUCACAGUCACACUGACAUGAUCGUCUAAUCUAUGGGUAACAUGACCCCCCCCCCCAUCCACCACUCCAUCCAUCCACUCAUCCCUCCCCCGCUGAGGCAGAUCUCCCUCUCUCUCGACAAAAAAAAAGAAAAACCCCUGCUGGCAGUGUAGGAUCAACUCGAGAGUCGGGUGUAAGCAAAACACGUGCUCGGCCGCGCCAGGUCUCAGAUGACAGCAGCUUCCCACUAUAGAGCUCGGUGUUGUAAUGGGAGUGGCGGGUGUCAUCAGCUGAUGAUUUGGGAAAACGUGUAGCAUAAACAGAAAUACCCAGAAGCAGAAACACGGCUGUCAUGUAGCGCUUCUUUUUUUUGUCCUUCCAGUAUUCCUUUAAAGUGCACGGCACAGCAACAUAAAUAUAUAAUAUGCAUCAUUUUGUGUGCUCCCUGCGAUUAGCCUCUUAAUUGCCACCAGCAGGGUCAUAAGUGGGGUGUUUUUUUUUCCCAAGUUGCAGCAAUGAUCCAAGCCACAGCGUGCACAUCUGUGAGGCAGAUUUCUAUAGCAACCGCAGCAGUGUACAUAUUUUGAUCGCUUCUUUGUCGUUUUCUAGAGAAAAUAGCCAAGUAGGUAUCGAAAAUGUUAUAACGGCCAGAUCAUUGUGUGCUGCCGCUCUUUUUUUCUUUCAUCACCUGUCACAUUCGUGUCUGCCUUCUACUUUCUGCAACUUUUUAAUUUUUUUUUUUUUUUUUUAUAUCAGUGCCUCUUUCUUCCCUCUCCCUCCUCACCCCCCAGCUCCCCCCCGCUCGUCAGUUAUUAUGACCUUUUAAAAGCUUUUUGCUCGUGCUUCGACGUGAUGGCGAGGAAAUAUGACAAUGACACAGUGCUUCAUUACGUGUCAACCUUAGUGGGAAUGUUGUGGGGAACACAGUGUGAGGGUGUUAUUAGGGUUUUUUUCCUGAUGAGAGGCUCGCUGGGUUAGGAAACGCGUAACCACGUUUUCACUUCAAAGAAAUGUCAACGCUCUCAUUUAAGAAUACUGUGUGCAGGAUGGUGGGACUAUGCUUGCAUAUAUGUGUGUGUCUGUGUGUGUGUGUGUACAAGUCUGUGUGUGUGUUUGUCUUUGAUAGAUUGAGCAGAAGAGGUGGCCGACAAUAUGAGCGUUUAUAAAUGUAGUUUGGCUGCCACAGAAAUGAAAUGUAUGAAAAUGUAUUGGGCCCCCAUUGUAUUCUAGAGUGCUAUUCAACUCACAGCAACUGGAGAUUAAUAUAUCUCAUUUUAUAAAAAUUAUAUUUCCAACCUACUACUGUAAUAACUCCCAAUCCGUAUGGAUCACAUCUGUACUUGUCAGCAUUGUUAUGUAACGGGGGGAGACGCUCCUUUUAAAGUACAUCAUCUCUUCAGUUGUACUCGGGGACAAUCCUCCACAAUUCAGUUUGGGAGAAAUCCUUUAAGAGCUCAACAGUUGAUGAAACUGCAGAUCCAGUUUGAGGCUCUGUGGAAGUGUGAGGUGCACGUCUGUCGGAUUCUUGGUUUAACUACUGAUCUGAGAACAGGAGAGGUUGUUGUCACGUGUGUGAGCUGACGGUAUGUGUUGAUGAUCUGUUUCUCAAACGCUUUAUUAAUGAAUGCUUUGUUGCUCUGCGCGGGUGUGUGUGUAUGUGUGUGUGAGAGUGUGUGUUAAGUCCCUGGUUAAGAAAUCUGCCUGUGACUGCCUUUGACACUUUGUAUAAGGUUGGGGUCAAAUUUGAGAUAGACAAAAGACAAGAUGGAAGAUUAGAUGCAAAUGUUAAACAAAGAUCGAUUAGAGAGAGAGCGUCGCACGGGUCGUCGUUUUCUUUUUUUCCGUUGUGGUGACCCUCUAGAAAAAUCAGAGUAUGAAUGUGAAAGCACACGACACGCCCUGUAAAGAAUGAGAAAUGACUCCGACUGUGAUGGCGACAUUCCAAUUCAACGACGACUUAUGACUCGGACUUCGGUCUUUAUGACUCCCUCACGAUGUCAUCGGCUGAAAUUUGCACAACCCCCUUCCCCCCCCGCCACCGCCACCACCACCGCCACCGCCACCGGCCCACACCCCUCCUCUAUUCCAUCACCUUUUUUGAUCUCAUUAUUUUGUUGCUCAAAGUCCCCCUCCCUUUUAUAAAAACCAGCACUUUUAUGAGGCCAAUAAAUGGCGUUGUCAGCACAAAGACAUCACGGGAUGGUCGAUCAAUACGUGAGUCAACACCUUCCAGGAAUGACUAUUGAUCGGGGAUGUGUGUAUGCAGAUAGAUGUGGCCCAGCAAGACGUCUCCUCUCCAACUGUGCUGGAAGCAGUGUUAGAGUCCCUACGAGUGAGAGGAAGCAGGAGAGAGGUCCGUCCAGAGCGCUGAUCUCACAUCAGUGGGGGUGCGCCUCCAUCCUGACCUCAUUCAUUACCGUGGGUGGCAAAAAAAGAUGCAAAGCUGAUUAUCCGACCAUUUAAAACAGCUUCACUCUCUCUACGCUGAGUCGAGCACAGGAGGUUUUUCUGAAAGGUGCCAAUUUAUUAAGAAAGAAAUUUUAAAAAUUUGUUCUUGUUUUUAUUUACUUUGUUAUCAGAAAUCUAUGGAGAGUUUGUGCUUACGGUGAAAGUAGAUGCCAGAAAGAGGAUGAAAAAUACAAAUGUCUCAUUUGCUGUUGUACCUGAAAUCUUGUGUCAAUUAUAUACAUUGUAAGAUUUUCAACAC